AUGGGUAAACUGACAUGUAAUGAUCAACCAAUGAGUAAGCUGACAUGUAAUGAUCAACCAAUGAGUAAGCUGACAUGUAAUGAUCAACCAAUGAGUAAGCUGACAUGUAAUGAUCAACCAAUGAGUAAACUGACAUGUAAUGAUCAACCAAUGAGUAAGCUGACAUGUAAUGAUCAACCAAUGAGUAAACUGACAUGUAAUGAUCAACUAAUGAGUAAACUGACAUGUAAUGAUCAACCAAUGAGUAAACUGACAUGUAAUGAUCAACCAAUGAGUAAGCUGACAUGUAAUGAUCAACCAAUGAGUAAGCUGACAUGUAAUGAACAACCAAUGAGUAAACUGAUAUGUUAUGAACAACCAAUGAGUAAACUGAUAUGUAAUGAACAACCAAUGAAUAAACUUACAUAUCAUUAUGAUCAACCAAUGAAUAAACUGACAUAUAAUUAUAAACCAACGAGUAACUUGUUUUAUAAUUGUCCAUAUAAAUAA